AUGUUGCUCCUGCCUAAAGCCUACAAGGGUCUUAGUGAUCAUCGCAACCGUUGCAUCGCUGUCAAGUGUCGAUGUGCCGAUUCAAAGAGACUGAAGAAGGCGCGGCUCGCGAUACACGUACACACCAUCCGGAAACUUCAACCCAUCAUCUGCGGCAUGAGUACAUCCAUGUUCUAUAUGAGCAUUGACACGAUCGUUCAGAACGCAUCUAUCGGGUUGCCCCGGGGUUCAAGCCACACUCUGACGACUCUUGAGACAUUGAGUGAUCCCCCGCCUGUUGUUAACUUAGAAUAUGUCAAGAUGGCGGCCAUUGCUGCUGUUCAAGUCUUAGUGUUGGAACGCGACUCAGAUGACAUUGUACAGUGGAUACACCACAUACUUGGUGAAGGAAGAUUAUUUCCUCCCUAUAUGUUCCGCGAGGUGGACCAAGCCUAUCGUCGAAGGAAGGGAUUCCUUCAGUCGCCCAUGAUAUUAGCAACAUACUCAGCCUAUAUAUCACAACGUCCAUAUGACUGCCUACCGCUCUAUAUGGAAGAGCAAGAUCGGGGGGAACUGAUUACAUCUGUCUAUGCGGUGCAUUCGGCCCUCAGCCUGUACUCGCAAGGUCGCAAAGGGGAUGAAGGGACCUAUUUCCCUCGAAAUUGGGGAAACUGUUCCAACCGCCAAAAACUCUGGAUCGCUUCUCUCGUUGAGUUGCUCACUCCAGUCGACUUUGAGCAUAUUGUUGACUCAGCCCGGAUGAUCAACAUCGUACCCAUCUCACCCAUUCCAGUGGAAUCAUACAACACAGCUGGGGAUUUGGCUAUCUUCUCACAGGACCUGCUUGUUACGGGUAAAGAAGUCGAUGCUGCGGGUGCCAGUGGCCACUUUAUGGGUGAAGACAGAGACGAAGACGAGUCAUGUGUAUCUGACAACGCCUAUGACCGUUUCGGCAAUCAAAAACCGCAGAAUGCGUAUAGUCAAGACCUGCCAGAUGGUUGGAAGCAUCUUGCUAUUGGCAGGUACGAAGAUCUCUGGGAUGAAUGGAAAUAUCUUGGGUAG